AUGUCUAGGUGCCCUGUGCACUGUACAUCGGUGUACCAGAGCGUUAGAUCAGACGCCUUUCAGCACCCUCUUAGGUACGUUAAGGUCUUUAAGCGCCGAUGCUACUGCAUCGUACUACGCAGUGCCUACGGAUCCGGUACAGAUCCCCAAGUCGCCGAGACAGGAGACACCAAGAAGCGCAACUGUGCGGAUCCAGGACAAGAUCAGGGAGAGGGACACGACCGACUGUGUACCGGCACCGUGCAGGAGCACGACGGUGCCGCAGGUCAGCCGGAGGACCAAGUACUUGGCACCGUUGCCGUCGCGUCUGGCUACCUGGAAUUACACGUCAAGUCCUCCCCUCCCGUGCGUACCAUUGCCUACCAGUGCCUACCAGUGCCUACCAGUGCCUACCAGUGCCUACCAGUGCCUACCAGUGCCUACCAGUGCCUACCAGUGCCUGCCCAUGGCCACCUGUCCCUGCUCGUAUUUUUUGCCGUCACACAGUCGUGCCUCGCCGGCCUCGUCCCUUCUAACUUGCCGGGCGCGCUCUUCUUCUUCUGA